AUGGCCCCGAAGAUCCUCGUUGUUCUUACCUCUGCCGCAACGAACCCGUCGAAUGGACAGGAGAUUGGGUGGUACUUGCCCGAGCUUGCGCACCCAUGGGACGUUCUGCAGUCCAAGGCUGAGUUUGUCGUUGCCUCUCCCAAAGGUGGUGUCGCACCUAUAAGUACGCAGUCUGUCGAGCUGUUCUCGAGUGAUCCUGUCUCGUCAAAGUUUUUUGCAGAGCAGAAGUCUCUUUGGGAGGAUACCGUGAAGCUGUCAGAUGUUUUGGACCGUGUCGACGAGUUUGAUGCGAUCUACUACCCUGGCGGUCAUGGACCCGUCUUCGACCUCUACUCCGACGCCGAGUCCAUCUCGUUGAUUCAAAAGUUCGCACUCGCGAGGAAGCCCAUUGGAGCCGUCUGCCACGGCCCGGCUGCCUUGUUAAAUGUCACUCUCCCCUCCGGAGAAUCGCUUAUCGCAUCUGCUACCGUCACUGGGUUCUCGAACGACGAGGAGGACGCCCUUGGUGCAACAGCUGCGAUGCCAUUCAGUCUGGAGGAUGAGCUGCAGCGACUCUCUGGCGGUGGCUAUGUCAAGACCGAGAAGUUCGGGGAGAAACUUGUAGUAUCUCAGGUAAAGGGCCUGGGCGGGACUUUGAUUACAGGACAGAACCCUGUGAGUGGAAAGGCCGUCGGGGAGGCCUUGGUGGAGGCAUUGGGGCUUUGA